AUGGUGGUUUCUGGGAUCAUUGGGCCGCUGUUGGUCCGAGCAUCUGGAGUUUCUGGAAUGCGGCCGCGUGCUUCGCUCGGUACAAUGACCCAUUGCAACGGCACGAAUCCUGGACACUUCGGCGAAGCCGCUUGGGUACAGCAGGAGGCAGUUGGCAGAUGGGCUAAAAAUAAGAAGCAGUUGCUUGUCUGCAUCACGAGCAACCUGGAACUCACAGAGCAAGGGGUCGAAGUAUCGGGCGAGAAGACGCGUACAUGUACCUCAGAUGCCGAAGAGAGCCACCCCAGGAUACAAAGCAUCAUACGACUUUCAUCCCAGACUGGUAAAGCCAGCGUGUAA